CUAAAAUGAAUGGUAUGAAAUUAUAUUUUUGCGACGGCACUAAAGUUUAGAUUGACUCGGAAUGCAGUAAUCAGAGUGAUUUCGAUCACGGCAUCUCCUCCAUCGGACAGUUACAGUUAUAGUUUCAGCGACACAACUCAAAAAAUCAGCAUCAUCAUUCCCUCAACUAUCACCAUCACAAUUCCCAAUUCAAUUUCUUCUCUGUUUUCCAUCACCAUGGAAGCCAUAGAAACUCUAGGUUCUCUCAACGGCGAUUUCGGCUUCACUGGAACCGAUCGUAGAUUCGCCUUUUCGCGCCAAGCUUCUUUCCAACAUCAACCCAUCACUCCCAUUUCUACCGAUUCGGGUUUCAGAAAACCUUUCCUUUCACGAACAGAUUCAAGCAUAGACAUCCCUUCUUAUGGACCCCAUUAUCACUACUGGUCCAGUCACGAUGAUAAACCUUCUGGGUCGCCGCAAAAAACGUCUUUUUCGUCAUUUUUUUUAUCUGUUUUUCGAAAUGUUAGGUCUGGUCAUAGGUAUAUGAAGAGAUUGUUUUUUAUGAUUUCGCUUAAUGUUGCUUACUCUACUGUUGAGUUGCUCAUUGGUCUCUUCACUGACCGUGUUGGUUUGGUGUCUGAUGCAGUUCACUUGACAUUUGGAUGUGGUCUUCUCACGUUUUCGUUGUUUGUUAUGGGUGCGUCUAGGAAAAAAUCUGAUGGAGAUUAUACUUAUGGGUAUAAAAGACUAGAAGUCUUGUCUGCCUUUACAAAUGCCCUGUUUCUUUUGUUUAUGUCAUUCUCCCUAGCAGUUGAAGCACUUCAUGCAUUUAUACAAGAUGAAUCAGAACACAAGCACUACUUGAUUGUUUCUGCAGUGACCAAUUUAUUUGUGAAUCUCAUUGGUGUGUGGUUCUUCAGGAACUAUGCUCGGAUAAAUCUUGCCUACAGAAAUGCAGAAGAUAUGAAUUGCCACUCCGUUUUCCUGCAUGUCCUUGCAGAUUCCAUUCGCAGUGCAGGUUUGGUAUUGGCAUCCUGGUUAUUGUCCAUCGGGGUUGAGAAUGCAGAAGUUUUGUGUUUGGGACUUGUUUCUGUUGCAGUUUUUAUUCUUGUUUUGCCUCUCUUUAGAGCAACUGGUGGUAUCUUGCUCCAAAUGGCACCUCCCAGCAUCCCAACUACUGCUUUUAGCAAAUGCUUGAGACAGAUUUCUGCUCUGGAAGAUGUACUGGAAGUCUCCCAGGCUCGCUUUUGGGAAUUGGUGCCUGGUCGUACGGUUGGUUCACUGUCAAUACAGGUAAAGAAAGGGGUUGAUGAUCGUCCAAUACUAGAAUUUGUGCAUGGUCUAUACCAUGAUUUGGGUGUGCAGGACCUCACAGUGCAGAUUGAUUAUGCAUGAUGAUUGAUGAGGUUGUCUCGAUAGCUUCAUCCUAAUAAUUAUUACCAAGGGUUGUAUACACACUAAUGUCAUUGUUUGUUACUUGUGAAAGGAUAGUACCAUAACUUCUUAUGUAGAAGGGAUCCUUAAGUUUUUGACUGGCCUGUUUUUUUCAAGCCGAAAUCAUUGAGUUUAGUUAUUACUCUCAUCUUGUAAAUAUUAAUAUGCUUCCUUACACUGAAGAAAGCUUUUCAGAUAUUUAAGACAUGGUUGCAUACAACAAAGUAUAAAAGUUUUUACUUAUU